AUGGAUUCACUCACACCCACCAACAGUGACGAGACUAUGGAGGUGUUGACUGCGGUGGAAGAACUGCAACUUAAACGGUCAGAGAGCUCAGAAGAUAUUACACAAAUCUUAGAGGAAAUUGUGAAAAGCGUGAGUGAGAUGUCCAUCCAUGCAAAGACCCGUCCCAUCGUUCCCCACCAGUGUAGCUCUGUCAAGACCGAAAGAGUGAAGCCACGGCGAGGCGGAGUAUUACACAGAAAUGAGAAUGAGUGUCAUGGUGUGGACUUCAAUCUACUUCAUCCUCGAUAUAGAUCUCGGCGGCUCCACGUCCCGGCCCCGGUUUCACGUCCCGGCCCCGGCUCCACGUCCCGGCCCCGGCUCCACGUCCCGGCCCCGGCUCCACGUCCCGGCCCCGGCUCCACGUCCCGGCCCCGGUUUCACGUCCCGGCCCCGGCUCCACGUCCCGACCCCGGCUCCACGUCCCGACCCCGGCUCCACGCCCCAGCUCCUGCCUUUCCUACGGUCCCUCUCCCUCCCUGGUUGUUUUUUGGACGUCUGGGAUCCGUCCCUUGA